AUGAACUUAGGUUACCAAGUGUUUGAUAGUGGGUUUAUGCAUCAGGCUGAUCAUGAUCCAAAGCUAAAGAGUGUUCUCAAAAGCGCGUCUAUGAAUAAUAAGACGGUGAUAAUCACAACUUUAAAUGGUGCAUGGGCUGAGCCAGGAUACAUAUUUGACCUCUUUCUUGAGAGUUUUCAACUAGGAAUCCAAACACAAAAACUUUUAAAUCACUUGGUGGUAAUAACAUUGGACCAAAAGGCACAUGCUCGUUGCCUUGCUUUGAACAAGCAUUGUUACCAACUUGAAACUAAGGGUGACAAUUUCACAAGUGAAGCAUUUUUCAUGACCCCAAAAUACCUACACAUGAUGUGGAGAAGAACUGAAUUCCUUGGUUCUGUCCUUGAAAUGGGGUACAACUUUGUGUUCACGGAUACUGAUAUAAUGUGGUUUAGAAAUCCCUUCAAGCAAUUUCACAAAGAUGCAGAUUUUCAAAUAGCUUGCGAUUCUUUUAAUGGCAAAUCCUAUGACUUAAACAACCGGGCAAAUGGAGGGUUUAAAUAUGUGAAAUCAAAUAAACGAACUAUUUGGUUCUACAAGUUCUGGUUCAACUCUAGGAAUGCCUACCCAAAAUCGCAUGAUCAAGAUGUGUUCGACAAGAUCAAAAAGCACCCAUUCAUUUCCAACAUGAAGUUGAAAAUUAGGUUCCUUAGCACUAGUUAUUUUGGAGGAUUUUGUCAGCCUAGCAAGGACCUUAACAAGGUUUCAACAAUGCAUGCCAAUUGUUGUGUUGGUUUAAACAACAAGGUCAAUAAUCUUAUUAUGUUGCUUAAAGAUUGGAAGAAGUAUAUGGCAUUGUCUGAAAAUGAGAAAAAACAGUCGCAUCUUUCUUGGAGCGUUCCACAAAAUUGUUGGGAUUAA